CUUUUUUCUCCUCACCUCGUUUCACCCUCAGAGCUCGAAACACGCAGAUUCUCAAGAAGUUGAUAAAAAACAUAAAAGGUUGAAGUUGGACGAAGCUGAAGACUUCACAGGUCACAAUGAAGACUCUGGUGUUUGUGUCUCUCGUGGGAUUAUUCCUCCACGACACGACGGCAGAGAUGCACUCUCUGAAGUAUUUCUACACGGCGUCUUCUGAAGUCCCAAACUUCCCAGAGUUUGUGUCUGUUGGGAUGGUUGAUGAUUUUCAGGUAGAAUACUACGACAGUAACACCAAGAGAGCAGAACCCAAACAGGACUGGAUGAACAAAAUCACAGAAGACAAAGCUGACUACUGGGAGGAGGAGACUGAGAGCUCUAAGGUUAAACAGCAGACCUUCAAAGUCGGCCUUGACAUUUUAAAGCGACGCUUCAACCAAACUGGAGGUGUUCACAUUGUCCAGAGGAUGUACGGCUGUGAGUGGGAUGAUGAGACUGGAGAUGUUAAUGGUUAUGAUCAGUUUGGUUAUGAUGGAGAAGACUUCAUAGUUCUGGACAUGAAGAAAUGGACGUAUAUCGCUCCACAACAACAGGCUGUCGUCACCAAACAGAAGUGGGAUAAAGAGAAAGCUGAGUUAGAGGCUUUUAAGCACUACUUCACCCAGAUUUGUCCUGACUGGCUGAAGAAGUAUGUGAACUAUGGGAGGAGCUCUCUGAUGAGAACAGACCUCCCCACAGUGUCUCUCCUCCAGAAGACUCCCUCCUCUCGGGUCACCUGCCACGCUACAGGUUUCUACCCCAACAGAGCCAUGAUGUUCUGGAGGAAAGAUGGAGAGGAGCUUCACGAGGACGUGGACAAGGGAGAGAUCCUCCCCAACCACGACGGCUCCUUCCAGAUCAGCGCUGACCUUCAACUGCCCUCUGAUGACUGGGGGAAGUACGACUGUGUGUUUCAGCUCUCUGGUGUGAAGGAGGACAUCGUCACCAAACUGGACAAACGAGAGAUCAAGACCAACUACGUGAAUUCCAUCUACAUGAUCAUUGUCAUCAUCGCUGUUGUUCUCCUUCUUGUAACCAUCGUCUGUGCGGCUGGAUUCUGCCUGUAUAAGAAGAGAAAUGCCAAACGCCCUCCAUCCCCGGUAAACGACUCGGCUGUGCAACAAAUGAUGCUUCCAAAUCCAAAUACCUAAAAGACAAAGAGACGACCCUGAACCCAGUUUACGGGUACGUUCUGCACUGAAACAAGGAGCAGACCGACUCGCUCUCCUGGGAAUUAAUUGGCUCUCAUCGUAUCAGACAUGAAGUGAUCAGAGUUGGGAAUUUAAAUUUAAAUCUUUGAAAUACAAAGAAAACAAGUUUGAAAAAGAGUUGACAAAUGCUUUACAAAUCUUCUCCAACAUCAGGGUUGUUUGGUGACGUUAGUUUCAAAUAUAAAAAGCUUUUCCGCUGAUAAAAGACGCUUAAAUACAUUUAAAUGAAAACUUGAUGAUUUAUUUUUUCGUCACCUGGAGAGAAUCAGAAGAUGAAUCUAUGACGGCAUCACGCCGCUCUUCAUGUGUUGAAGAAAGAUUUGUGUGUUGAUCUAAAAUCCAUCAUAGUUGGAUUUUUAUACUUCUGGUGUUCAGAGCUUUGUGCUAAAACAAAUGUUGGUGACAAAUACGUUAAUAAAGACACACACACACACACACACACACACACACACACACACACACACACACACACAGAUAAACCUCCCCAGUAACUGAUCCAUACUCAUAGUGUCCGACAUCAUGAUGAUGUGUGGCUGUAAAAUACAGAAACAUCAACCAGAGGAUGUUUUAUUGAAGAUUCUGAGAAAGCCCUGCUGUUGGUCUCUUGUUGUGUUCGACCACUUGGAGAAAAGAAACAGAAUUGAGCGUUGAGAAUUUGGUCCCCUGAGCGUCUUUAAGUGUCCAUGAAGAUGUUUUUCUUUUUAUUAUCCAAUGAUGAACUGUGCUCCAGUUUUCUCAUGAUUUAUUUGAUACAGGUUUUUGUCAAAGUACUCCAUCUUUAAAGUAUAACUAAAUCCAACAUGUAGAAAACAUACCAGUAACUAACACACACACACACACACACACACACACACACACAAUACAAACAUGAUACAUUUUGUUUUCCAGUUGUGUAAAUAGUAUCACUUAUUUCUUUUUUUUCAGAUUUAUUUUUGGGCUUUUCGUACCUUUACUGUAGAGAUAGGACAGAGGAUAGAGUCUGAAAUCAGGGAGAGAGAGAGAGCGGGGAAUGACGUGCAGGAAAGGAGCCACAGGUCGGAUUUGAACCUGGUCCGCCCGCUUGUAGGACUACAGCCUCCAUUCACCAGCUCCUCAGUACUGUUUAUUUCUGCAUAAGUAAUGAAGUGUGUUGAUUUAAACGAGGCUCAAGAGAUUUAUAAUGUUUGUGUUUUCAGGUUUUUCAUUAGUAAUCAGGACUAUGUUGUUUUUUCUUCUGUGAUAUAUAUUUUUAAAUGAAGUUUAAAUGCUUCAGCUGAUAACACAUUGAUGUGAUGAAAAGAAAAGUUGUUAGUUUCAUUUGAGUUAAGCUCUUGAAUGGUUGGUGGGAUGUUGAAUGUUUCUCUGUAGAUAUUUGUCUACUGAUCAGAAUAAUUGAAUGAUUUAUGUUAAGUUGUAAACCAAUCAAAAUGUAGAAUCAAUGCUCAUUAUCAGUUAUUAUGCCGGGUGAUGUAAACAUUACAAAUUUGAUUUUGUGUUUCAAUAAAGCCUUUAAAAAUUCAAAA